GCUGCGACCUUUUCUGCAACUCCCCUCUCACCAGAAGCGUCUGAGAGGAGAACUAGUUGGAAAAGGGGGGGAUCUGAGAUUUGGGGGCUCCCAUGCGGCGUCAUGCAGAGCCGAUCAUUGUCUCUCUCACACUUUCUAACUAGCCAUUUCACAACAUCCACACAGCGGAUCGGGCUGUACGCAGCAGCAGCAGCAGCAGCAGCAGAUUUGCCCCUCAGGGCUUUUUUCUCUCUUCCCCGACGUCGACCAUAACCAACUAUUUGGAUUCGGCACGCGGAUGAGGCCAAUUACUGGACUUAAUCUAUCAUAAUGUCUCCUCUCCGAUCGACUGAUAGUCAAAUGAGUUAAGCAAUGGCUGGAGAGAUCCGCCGGCUGCGAGAAGUGGCUGUUUAAAUGAACUAACAGAAAGAAGAGCACUUUGAUUUGCAGACUUUUUUGUUUUUUUGGAGAAGCUGAUCGAACGGACCAUCAUGCGCAGACUGGCGGGUUUUACGCACAGAGAGCCGCACAGUGCGUUUGAUUUGGGAAUACUGUGACACAUUGGACGUGUUUUUUUUUUUUUUUUAAAAGGGGGAGAUUUUUUAAAAAAGAAAAAAAUAGGAGUCUGCUUCCUCUCGCUCCUGUUCGCUGUCCUCCGGGUUCCUGCAGGACUCCAGAGUCGCCCAUGCAGUCGCCAAGGCUGUUUUCCUUCUCUCGGCUCGGUGCUGUGAGUGCAGCGGCGGAUCAAGCCUUUCUUACCUGUGGCCUUGUGGACUCGUGAAAAGUCGGUCGUCGGCGAACAAGUCUGCACAUUGAGGUGUAAUCUGAGAGUUUGUGAAGGGGGGGUUUCGGGGCAGAACAGGCGGCCGUGAUUGGUUCAGUGUGUCCGCUUUGGCCCUCCGAGGCUGCUCCUCCUCGACACUCCCCGAACACAAGACGCCGCUGCCGCCCGCUCACAGCCGUUUGUCCUCCGCCGCCUGCUAGCUAGCUAACCGCCGAGUUAACGUCCACUAACCGGAGAGAGCGACCGAACAGCCUCCCUACCGGGCAGUGAUGAGAGAACCGGGCUUCACACCUCUUUCAUGGACUUUUUCUGUCUUUUCUCCCCGACGAGCACUUUCCAGCUGUAGCUAACUGUUCACUUUCCCCCCCUUCAUCCAAUUUGACCAGGGAGAGGAGUAAAGUGCGACCCCGAGCUGGAUGGAUGGUUAUGGGGAAAAGAGGGAGACCCUCGGCGCUUGAAGUGUGCAGAGUCCUCGCCGUGUUUUUCGUACUCUUUCCCGCCGCGAGCCUGCAGUGCAAGAUCCUCAAGUGUAACUCAGAAUUUUGGGCCUCCACCUCGAACUCUGGACCGGAGGAGGAGUUCUGCACGGCGCUGCGAGCGUACAACAGCUGCGUACGCCGGACCGCUCGUACCUGCAGGGGUGACUUGACGUAUCACUCCGCCCAGCAUGGCAUAGAGGAUUUAAUGAGCCAACACAACUGCUCCAAGGAGGGACCGACAUCCCAACCGCGUGCCCGAACCCCGCUUCCUCCUCCGCCGCCGCCGCCGGUCCUCACCGACAGCCAGGAACGCUCCGACGGCCCAGAGGUGUGCCACUAUGAACGCAGUCUUUCACGCAACACAGCAGCGCCCAACUACACGCACUGCGGCUUCUUUGGAGACCCGCACCUCCGAACGUUUGGUGACGACUUCCAGACGUGUAAAGUGGAGGGAGCCUGGCCACUCAUCCACAACAAGUAUCUGUCUGUCCAGGUGACCAACACCCCUGUAGUACCAGGUUCCUUCGCCACCGCCACAAGCAAGCUGACAAUCAUCUUUAAGAACUUCCAGGAAUGUGUGGAGCAGAAGACGUACCACGCAGAGACAGACGAGCUGCCGGCUGCAUUUGCAGAUGGCUCCAAGAACGGAGGGGAUCGACACGGAGCAAACACCCUGCGCGUGGUGGAGAAGGUUCCUGGGCAGCAUGUGGAGAUUCAGGCCAGGUACAUUGGAACGACCAUCGUAGUCCGGCAGGUAGGCCGCUACCUAACCUUUGCUGUGCGGAUGCCGGAGGAAGUCGUGAACUCUGUGGAGGAAGGCGAUAACCAGGACUUGUACUUGUGUCUACAUGGCUGUCCGGCCAACCAGCGCAUCGAUUUUAGGAACUUCAGAGCUCGAGCAGCGGAGGCCCACAGCGCAGGCAGGACCAGGAGCAGCACCGGGUCGCACGGCUUCACCUACCAGUCUGCAAAGGCCAAGUGCAAAGAGAGACUCCCAGUAGAGGAUCUGUACUUUCAGUCCUGUGUGUUUGACCUCCUCUCCUCUGGAGACAUAAACUUCACCAUGGCAGCCUACUACGCCUUUGAGGAUGUAAAAAUGCUCCAUUCAAACAGCAAGAGAUACCACAUCUUUGAAAAUGAUCCUUUAAUGAGUAGCGCAGCACAGAGGGGCAAAGAUUUACUUACAGUCUUCCUCGUCAACCUCCUCGCUGUCUUAUUGUGGAGCGAGUGUAGCGGCGUUCGUCUAUAGUCCCAUCACAACAGCGUCCUCGUGGUGUAUCUGUCAGUGAGUGUUAGAGUGCCAUCGCUGCAUCACACAUCGGCUCCUCUCUUCUGCUCUGAUUCUGUGACUUGACCAGUGAUUUGCCAGUAGGUCACUCCAACCCUGAGUGUGGUUUUAGUGGUAGCGUUGUGUCUUGACAUCAGUCUAAGGACAAGACGAGUUUGCUGUUCUCCCACCUAUCAUCACAUGUAUUUAGCUAGUUCAUAGGACUGGUCUUUGAAGAGAGCAGCGGUGAGAGAGCCCAGCUACCCCAGAGCUCAGGAUAUCCACCUGGGAUUAAAUCCCACAUUCUCAUCGGGGCUGCAUGCCUAUGGGAAGCCGGACAAGAUGAUCUUUUGCAGAAAGAGGAGUUUGCUGAUCCUCCCUCCCCUGAUCCCCGCAUUGGUGCCAAGCCAGUGAAGCUCUCUGUGGCUCAUGUGGCGAAGCGAGAGGACCUGACAGGGGCUUUUGUUAACCUUAGGCCAGAAGCAGCUCUACGUUUGAUUAGUUUCCAGCUUUGGAAAAGCCUGAGCCUUUUGGAGGAAGCACUCAGCCAAAAGGAUGUCAGAGCAGCGUCUCCAGUUGUCUGCUGUGGAGAUUAAUGGGUCAUAUUGUUAGGUUUUGUGUGUGUAUGUGUGUGUAUGUAUGUGCAUUAGUACAAUAUGUGUGCAGAAUUCAGCAUCUGUGGUUAAUUUUGUGUGUUUGUGGGUGCAGAAGUUUCCAGAAAGGAGAAAACAAACCUCCAGUGGGAGAAAUUUCUCCAAUGUCUUUGUGUUGCACCCAAAAUUUCAGAAAUAGAAAAGAUGACGCUCUCCAGUCUGUUCAAACGGGCUCUAUCAGCCAAGUAGCAAAUUCCAAAAGGGAACUGAUAAAAAUAGUCCUUUUUUCAUCCGUGCGUCAACUUCAGUGUCAUACAACCUCUUCCCUCCGUUGUCGGAGCUGACAUGUUGAUCAGACAGUGUUUGUGUUUCAAGUCUGUUAUGUGAAUGCAGUGAACAAGAAAGCAAAGGAACAAACUUCGUCAAGGGCACUCGGAGCGUUUACAGAAUGUAGAUCAAACCAAUCAAAGUAUGACAACUCUGUGAGGUCAUUUUGUGAAUCUGAAUCUGUUUCCAGUCUCAGUUGAACCGUGGUGUUAGAUCUGUUAGUACUAGCUGUAAUGACAUCACCUGUAGUCGGUUUAGCAUUUUAUAGACUUCCAAUGUGCUGACCUGACUGUGGCUUAGCGAGUUAAACGAUAAGCAUAUGUCUGUAGACGUGAUUCCAUGGCUUAAGUCAUUGCCAAAGAACAAGCCCUUGUGCCAACGUUUUCCCUAGCAGCUGAAUUUUCAUCUUUCAGUCUUAAACGGCUCACAUUAAGGCGAUUGUAUAUAUCUCAUGUUUUGUGGGUGAACUCGCGGUACGCCGAAAAAUUUACAGUAACACAUACUGUAAAAGCAACAUUUGUUCCUGUUUUUUCAGUCUCGCGUUUGCUAUUCCUGCGUUUCAUGAUAACGCUUCUCGCUACGAGAGGUUUUCAUUUUAACUUUGGCUCUCAGCUACAGCGUCUGUUAGUGUGCAAGUCGUCCCUGUAGAUGCUGUUACUACUGGGGCAGUUUUCUGGUCAUAUAUCCUUUACACUGAAGUAUUUGGCAGGCCUUACUACUGCUAUUUGGAAUAUGUAUUGGUGCAGUUUGACAACGAUGAAAAAAAAAAGUCCUACAAACAGAUGAUUGUAAUGUUGAAUCUUGUGUUAAUAGAUGUAAUUUGUAUUGUGUGUUUUACAGUAUACGGUUCUACAUGUGUAAUGUGAGAUUGUACAUAUGCUUUGUGCAUUGUUGAGUUUAAAUUUGUAUAUUACCAGUUGUGUUUUUGAAUUUAUCACUCCAGUUUUUUGUACAUGAGAUGUUUUGGUGAAUGUGAACCUUUUGAUUUGAAAAGGGAUUUUUUUCUUUUUUUCUUUUGCAAAAACAUGAACAUCACAGACCAGAAUAGUAUUUACUGAACACAGUAUCCACUUUGAUGUUUGUAGAAGAAAUGAUGAAAUGUUAGUUGUAGAUUAAAGUAAAACCUGUAAAGUAAAUUAAAGUAAAUCUGUAAAGCAGCCCGCCUUCCCUAGAAAAGAGAAUGUAGGAAAAGUGAUCUGGGGCGUUCAUGUUUUUGAGUUUAAAGCACUUUAUGUUUUCUUUUUCAUUUAGCUCUUUUUUUGUUGUUUGUUUGACUUGUAAUGGUGAAAAAGAAUUUUUAAAAAAAAUAGCUGAGUGGGAAAUGCCAGAAAGAUCAAACUGUGUAAAGCAAAUGUGGUCCCACGUGCCAGCUGUUUAUAAUGUAAAUUAUUUAUUGAAUAAAAGAAAAUGUCUUGUUAUAAUGA